CUUAGACAGCCAAGCGGAAUCCAAACACCAAGUCUCUGGAUUUCGCCAUGGCGGAGACUGCAGCAGCCGCCAGAAACAAAAGAAAGCUUGGAAGCGCCGACAUGUGAAAGAUAAGAGGGGACCUACCCCAUUGUGGUCCAUUAACUCGCAUCGCAUUUCUCUCCAUCAUGUCCCUGAGCGCGCAACUUGCACAGAGAGCCGCGGAUUCUGCGAAGGAAACGGACGGUUUCCUCCAGUAUCAUGAACCUAGCAUUAUCCAGAUCCUGCUUCUUAUUUCAUUCUUCUUCUGGCUAUCAUUCGGCGAAUGGAUUUCCAACAAGAUCUUUCGAGCUGGCCUUAUUGGUCAAAUCAUCGUUGGUCUCAUCUAUGGUCUUCCUAUCGGCGGUACCAUGAUGCCUGUAGAGUGGCAAGAGGCUUUCGUCGCACUCGGAUAUAUCGGCCUCAUCCUCAUUAUCUUCGAAGGCGCACUUGCCGUGCGGCUAGAUUUACUCAAAGCAAAUUUCGUGCUCAGCAUGAUCGCGGCCACUGUAGGGGUUGUGUUCCCUAUCGGUCUCACGUAUGCCUUGUGCUAUGCUGCAUUCGGAUAUGGAGCGGUCGAAACAUUCAUCAUUGGAGCCGCGCUCUCGGUAACGUCUCUGGGAACUACCUUCGUCGUCCUCGGCAAGAGUUCCAAAGAGGUAAACUUCUCAGACACCCGUGUUGGUACCGCACUGGUCAGUGCCGCAGUGUUCGAUGAUGUCUCUGGAUUGGUCAUGGCAAGUGUUAUCGGCAACCUUGGGACGCUCGGCGACGACGACGACGUCAACCUUGGCUGGCUUAUUGGCCGGCCGACGAUGGUGUCUGGUCUCCUCGCCAUCCUAACGCCCUUGCUUGGAAAGUACGCUCUUGCGCCGCUUUUUCGCAGAUACCUCGAGCCAAAGUUCCCCAAGUCCCGGAAACGACAUGUCAUCAACGUCGUCUUCAUGAUCCUCGUGCUAUGCGUCUUCCUCAGUAUCACCGGCUUCGGAGGCACAUCGGUCCUAUACGGCUCUUUCCUCGCUGGAGCAUUCCUUACCUACCUGCCCACAAAACACCCUACUGGUCCAUUUGUGGUUCCUUCGCGCGAGGACGCUGAAGAAGCAGAGGCACGAUCGAUGCGGUCGAACCCGAUGACCGGCGAGCCAGAGAUAUCGCCUUCCUUCAUGCAUACGUUCGAGAAAUACUUCCUGGACGUUGUCAAGUACAUCUUGCAGCCCAUCUUCUUCGCCUCCAUUGGUUUCGCGAUACCGUUUGUAGACCUGUGGACCGCGGAGGCAGUCUGGAAAGGACUGGUGUACACUAUCCUGAUGCUGAUCGGCAAGGUCGUCGUUGGCCUUGUUAUUCCAGCGGCCACUAUCCUCCAACGACCGCGGGACACGUCUGUCCGCGAUUGCUUAACGGAAACUUUCUGGCCGGCUAUGCUGCUCGGCUGCGCCAUGGUUGCUCGCGGCGAGAUCGGACUACUCAUCGUGCAGAUCGGCCUCAACAAUACACCGUAUCUCUCGAAAGACGCCUUCAUCACCGCCGUCUGGGCAAUCGUGCUCAACACCAUCCUAGGUCCAGUCGCCGUCGGGUUUAUCCUCAAGUACAAAGCACGCGCUAUUGCGAAUGGGUUGUGGGGGUUGGACUUCGAAAAUGACACUGGAACUGUACAAAUGUCGAGGGCUGCGACGGUAGUCGCUGCAGAUGAAGCUGAAGAAAUGAAGGAGGGGGCUAUGUCUAAAGCAGCAACUGCGGCGACAUCGCCCAGAUCUGGCCGCAGUCUGGAUAUUGAAGCUGCUCCAGUGGGGAGGAUUUCCGGUCAAGGUACAUAGCGUAG